CCAGAACGCCCGUGGUCAUGGAACCUCAAUCUUUUUUUUAUCAUCAAACAACAAAAAAACCCAUGUUAAAUCUCUACCCAAUUCUAUCCCCAAACUUCAAACGUCGUCGUUAGACAAAACCAAUGAUAUUCAGCAUUUUCUCUCAUCAUCUUCUUCCUCAAUCGUUUGGCCCCAACUCCAGGUUUUGCGCUGGACUCUCACAUUUUCUCCCAUACCUAUCUUCCCAAACCUACAGAAGAAGAAGAAGAUUUGCAUCUUCAAGCUGCAAUCUUUCGCGAAUGGUUCUUGAAAAUCCGACGCCGAUCAGCAAAACACAGCGAGCCAAAUACCGCCUCUGCAAUGUUGCUGGCUACAAGACCGAUUUACUGGAGAUUCAUGCCCAAGAUCCAAAAUUGCAUGUUUUGUUCAUUCCGGGAAAUCCAGGUGUUGCUUCAUUUUAUGUUGAUUUCCUUGAGUCACUGUAUGAGCUACUGGGAGGAGCUGUAUCCCUGACAGCUAUCUCGCACAUAUCUCACAGCAACAAGAAUUGGGAGCUUGGAAGGUUGUUUUCUUUGCAAGCACAAAUUGAUCACAAGAUGAACUUCAUUGAGCAAGAAUUUCAUAAUGUUGAAGUACCUAUAAUCCUGGUUGGCCACUCAAUUGGUUCCUACAUAUCCUUGGAAGUUUUUAAGAGAUUACAGAAAGAGGUGGGGUUCUGCAUUGGACUAUAUCCAUUUUUGACAGUGAACACCAAAUCUGGGAAACAAUCUGUUAUCAAGAAGAUUGCAGCGUCGAGGAGUAUCUCUGCAAUGCUUAGUUCUGUCGUGGCAUGCCUAGGAAUGCUACCGGCCUGGAUUUCUAGAUCUCUAGUGAAGAAUUUUGUCGGGAAAUGUUGGUCUUCUACCGCAGUUGAUGCCCUCUGCACGCAUCUCCUCCACUUCCACGCGAUGCAGAACGUACUCUUCAUGGCGAUGACAGAGUUUGACAAGCUUUCUGAGGAACUGGAUUGGCCCUUCAUGAGGCAAAAGAAAAACAAGAUGGCUUUUUUAUUCGGUCUCGACGAUCAUUGGGGUCCCGCACAUGUACUCGAAGAGAUGUGUGAGAAGGUUCCAGGGGCAGUAGUGACAGUGGAACAAGAGGGUCAUACUCAUGCUUUCUCUUGUACAGAGGCUGGCUCAUUAUGGGCUGCUAAGUAUGUUGCCAGCCUGAUUAAGAGAUACGUAUACUCAUAUCACACAAGUAGUUAACUAUUUGGUUAAGAAAUCCUCCAAAAUAAAAGUAAAAAAGUACUCUAGCUAUAUUCUUGACAUGUUUUUAUCGUUAAAAUAAAACUUUGCAAUGUGA